AUGGACAAGCCUAUUCUCGACGACUCCAAGCCGGUCAGUGCAGUGACCGCCUUAGAGGCACUGAAUAAGAUCGUUCCGGAGAAGGAUCAACUGGUUGCUUUACCGUCGUGGAGUCAUCAUGCAGAGAGCUCGCAACCGGACUUCUGGCGGUCCCCCGUCAUAAUGCCUGGAGCGCACUCCGUGUUCGCGUUCGGGAAUGACAUUCGCCCUCUGCUGGCAGACGUGCGGAGGGAAUCGGGUCCUACGGGACUCUGUGUUUCUAUGGAAGAUGUCUCUCCCACCCCAGUGUGGCUGAACCCGGAGUACGAUGCGACCGUUUCGGGCAUCCGCCCUCGUAAGCAUGGCCGUAAGGGAGAGACGAAGGGUGAAGAUGGGAAUGUGAACUCAGACGGAGAAGGCACCGGGACCUCCCCAAAGAAAGGCAGGUUGCCCAAGGGUCAACCGGGACAGAAGAAGAAUGCAUCUACGUCGAACCCGCGGUCUCACCGGAAGUAA